AAGAAACGGAGGAGUCCGCGGUCACCUCAAGCUGAUGAUUGUCUCAAAUUUGGAUGGCGAAACGAAUUUUGAAGUAGUGAAUUAGUCGAGUUGAACUUUAGUCCUACUUUGUGUGCUUUGCUGUAUCUGCUGUGGAAUCAAACACGAUGUCUGCCUCGGCUAUAUUUGUGCUGGACCUGAAGGGGAAGGUGUUGAUUUGUCGAAACUACAAAGGCGAUGUGGACAUGGCGGAAAUCGACCACUUUCUACCUUUACUCAUGCAACAUGAAGAGGAAGGGCUCCUCUGCCCUGUGAUGUCACACGGCAACGUCCACUUCAUGUGGAUCAAACACAGCAACCUGUACCUGGUGGCCACUACAAACAAGAACUCUAACGCCUCCCUCGUGUACUCAUUUCUAUACAAACUAGUUGAGGUGUUCACAGAGUACUUCAAAGAGCUGGAGGAGGAGAGCAUUCAGGAUAAUUUUGUGGUCGUCUACGAGCUGCUGGAUGAGCUGAUGGACUUUGGAUUCCCUCAAACGACUGACAGCAAGAUCCUACAGGAAUACAUCACUCAGGAAGGUGCCAAGCUCGAGGUGGCAAAGUCCAAGGUGCCGACCACCGUCACCAACGCCGUCUCCUGGAGGUCAGAGGGUAUCAAAUACAAGAAGAACGAGGUCUUCAUUGAUGUCAUUGAGUCCAUCAACGUGCUGGUGAAUGCUAAUGGCAGUGUAAUGAGCAGCGACAUCGUGGGCAGCAUCAAGCUGAAAACCAUGCUCUCUGGGAUGCCUGAACUGCGGCUGGGCCUCAAUGAUCGAGUGCUUUUUGCUCUCACUGGACGUGACAAAGGAAAGACAGUGGUGAUGGAGGAUGUGAAGUUCCACCAGUGUGUGCGUCUGUCGCGCUUUGAGAGUGAUCGAACAAUCUCCUUCAUUCCUCCAGACGGGGAGUCUGAGCUCAUGUCCUACCGCAUCAAUACCCAUGUGAAGCCUCUGAUAUGGAUUGAAUCAGUCAUAGAGAAGUUCUCUCACAGUAGAGUGGAAAUCAUGGUUAAGGCAAAGGGACAAUUUAAAAAACAGUCUGUGGCAAAUAAUGUGGAAGUGAGGGUCCCUGUCCCCAGCGAUGCUGACUCACCCAAGUUUAAAACCAGCACAGGCAACGCCAAAUAUGUGCCUGAGAAGAACCUGGUGGUGUGGACCAUCAAGUCUUUCCCUGGAGGCAAAGAGUUUCUAAUGAGAGCUCAUUUUGGUCUGCCCAGCGUGGAGAAUGACGAGCUUGAGGGCAAACCUCCUAUCACUGUCAAAUUUGAAAUCCCAUAUUUCACAGUCUCAGGAAUACAGGUGCGAUAUAUGAAGAUUAUUGAGAAAAGUGGUUACCAGGCUUUACCGUGGGUCCGGUACAUUACACAGAGUGGAGACUAUCAGCUGAGGACCAAUGUGUAAAACCUGAGGGAUUAUGGCAUAUUCCUCCUCUCCAGGACCUCCAGAUGGACAGCAAUGAUCACUUAAACUGGACUGAAACAAUGUCUUUAAAUUUCACCUGCUCUAUUUAAUGUCAACAAUCCUGUUUUAUGAAAUCUGUGUGAAACAUGAUUUUAAUGUCUCUAUUGUAAGGCCACUGCAAAGUAUUUAAAUGCCUAAUGAUUCCUUUAAAACAAUUUGUUAUUAAUAACCUUUGUAUAUUUGAUGUGCUUCUUUGUUUUUCUCAUGAGUUUACAAUACCAUAUAAGGGCGGCUUUUGCCCUCAUAUUGUAGUCAUGCAUUGUGCAAUCACAGUCACUAAAUUCCGCCUAAAAUUAAAAACUUGCACCCGC